AUGUCCGAAUUGGAAAGUUCAGACUCAUACUUGGGCUAUGGCUUGGCCGAUGCGCAGUGGCUAUGCAUGGUCACACUAUUCAUUGCGUCCCUCAUUACAUUAUUACUGUAUUUUGUACAGUACUUCACGUUAGGGACUACCAGAGGAAAGUCUACUGCUUCAAAGGACAAUGUCAAUACGAGGGCAGAGGCAGAGGCGCUUUUGGGAUGGGCGCUGUCACUAAAAAGCUGGAAAGAUGUUUGGAGAGCUGCUUGGUGCAGGGCUUUGAAUGGCGAAUCGAGGAAGUGCAGGAGUCUAGUUGUAUUCACAUUUGAAGAAGAUGGACUUGAAGCCUCUGAGCUUCAUAUCAGUCAAGUUACUAAUUUUCAGAAGUCUCCCACUCACAAGGCUGCGUGCUGCAGGAUGGUUGCAGAAAAGCUUCACUUCAGUCUGAGCGUAUCAUCAACAAACUCCCCUGCGGCGCUUCCUUGCAAAUAUAAAGCAUGCAUAGAGCCACUGGAGAUGCAGCUUGACCUUCUGAUGAAAGAGGCUGAAGGUGAGGUGCAAGUUACCUGGGGUAUUUCACAGUUGGACUCCAGUGAGCUACAGCUAACACUAGAACCUUCCCAGGUUUCCCCAUGCAGUCAAAGCAUGGUGAAAGAGCAGUUGUAUCAGUUGUUGUGCAGGACUCAUCCCUCUGUUUCUCUGAGCUACCGAUCCUCAGAGGAUCUACAGAACAAUGUGGCGUCGCCCCCUAAACCUCCUCGUGCUCAUGAAUGGAAACUGCUGGUCAAAAAUAUUCAUAUAACUUACAGUGAGGAGGGAAAUGCUGCAGGCAGCAUAAAUCCUCAGUGUACACUCCAGUUAGAUGAUCCUCCCCAGAAGUUCUGCACAUCAGUUGUGAGAAAUGUCACUAAUGCCACCUGGGAACAGCCAUUCAUUUUUGAGCUCAAUGGGAGAUCGAAAGAGCUCAAAAUUCAGGUGGUGAAUGAUGGGCAACUUGAAGCAUCAUCAUUGUUGGGCCAGGUGUCCGUGCCUUUUGAUCUUGUGAAGAAGCAUCCCAAAGGACGGCAAACAUAUGCACUUAUGACCAAAUAUGUAGUGACCGGAUCACUAACUACUGAGUUUACUUACCUUGAGCCUAGUGAGGUGAGGUCCUGGCAGUCUCCCACUCCAGUCUCUACUAAGAAGAUUGAGAUGGACCGUACAGUUAUGCCUUGUGGCACAGUGGUCACUACAAUCACUGCAGUGAAAAGCAAACCUGGGCGGCCGCUGCCUGUGGGCCUUAGUAUAGAUUCUUCUCAAAAGGUGGUAGCCAACAAACCCAAAUUGUCAGAGCGGCGUGUUUCAGAGCAGUCGUCACUAAUGAGAAAUGCUGUGAACAAGGCCUUGUCCUCCUCAGACACUGAACUACUCAUGCUGAACGGCACUGACCCAGUGGCUGAGGCUGCCAUUCGACAGCUCCACCAUUCCGCCAAACAGAAACUCAAGUCACCAGUAAAGAAGAGCACCAUCAUCAUCUCUGGCAUUACAAAGACGCCAUUGUCUCAGGAUGAUGAGCUCACGCUAAUGGCGGGUUAUGCUGCUGCCAUGGACGCCUCCAUGUCAGAGAGCAGCUCUAGCCAGGAUGUGACCACUGCAAAAGCAUCAGGAUCUCUUAGUCCUCCAGAUGAGACAAACGCCCAGGAAGGCCCCAGUGGGAUGGGCCGACCUCCAGAGGACUGGGAAAGCAAUGCAGGGGAUGAGCUCGAUAAUUCUUCACUGUCCAUGUGUGUAUCCGAGGCAAACUGCAAAAAGAGCAGAGGCAGCUUCCUCCAGAAAGGUGCGAGGCUCUUCUUCCGGCGGCGGCACCAGAGGAAGGAGCCGGGCAUGAGCCAGUCCCACAACGACCUGGUGUACCUGGACUCUCCCACCUCUGUGGAGCGGGCCAGUCGAACAGCCACCCUCAGCCGCAUGCUCAGCCGCAAGAGUAAACCCAAGUGCAAAGCUAACGGCUCUACCUCCACAGGGGACACGGGGGAACCACAUGCAUGA